UUAUUCAGGAAGUUAAAACAGACGCAAACCUAAGUAUGCUUUCAUGAUAUCGCAAAAUGUAUCAAGUGCUCAAAGAAUAACACAAUGGGAACAAUAAUUUCUACUUAAAAACUUAACAAGGUUCGGAAAUAAUGAAUAACAAUUUUCAAUGAACUAAGUAAUUAAAAUAUAUACACGUUUUAAUGUUUGUAUCCUGAAUGAAUAAAUAUGAUUUGAUUUAAUUUUAAUAGUAACCGGGAAUGUAUGAUAAUUUGAAUGUAGAUAUGGAGUUAAAAAAUCGGACUGAACAGAACAACGUUUACGAAACUCUUCAACAUGGUACAAGGGAGCUUGCAGAUAAAACUACUCCUUCAGCCAAGAAGGGUACACCACUUUUGUUAUGGUGUACCCUCGUAGUGUAUUCAAUUUUAAUUGGACUGUUGAUUAUCGCAGUUUCUGUUUCUUUAUACAUGUGUAUAAACGAUUCAAAGGCUUCAAAUAGUAAAGAGAACACGAAAAGUAUGGCAGAACUUGUGGAGAACAUUACGAAAGAUCUGAAGGAAAUUACUUCUGGUUUAGAUGACUUAAAGUCGGUAACGGAUAGGAUCAAGAGCAAAUGUGAAGAUGGACUUUUAGACAUGUCUGAAAAGAUUGCAGCUUUGAGCAACAAAUUUGAGCGGCAGACGUCUACAGGAUGUCCAAUAGAUUUUAUAAAACACGAAAAUUCCUGUUACCACAUCUUCGCUACACCCACUUUAAAGUGGUGGGAAGCCAUGGCAUACUGUGAAAUAUAUGGUGGCGGAGCGGGAACACUAGCUACAGUGGAGUCCGAGUCGGAACAGAUGUUCCUUGAAAAUAAACUGAAGAAAGCAUUCCCAAAACCUAUUGGAAAAAACUAUUGGCUGGGGGCUAAUGAUGUCACGCAUGAGGACACGUGGGUUUGGAUAAAGAAAGACGAGUAUGUUCAAGAAUACACUCCUUGGGCACCGAGCGAACCAAACGGAAAUACAUCUGAAAAUUGCCUGGGAUUAGAUGAUGGCCAGCAGUAUAAAUGGAAUGAUGUGCCGUGCAAUCUAUCACAGGGCUUCAUUUGUGAACUUCCAGUACGGGAUGCAAAUGAAAUUGUUGGAUGAGCCAGAAUACGAUAUUAUAAAUAAAAAAUAUGAACUAUUUGAGAUGUCGGAUUUGUUUGUUUCCAGCAUGUAUUUUGGCAAAAUUACAUAUAAUAAAAUCGUCUGUUUGUC